AUGAGCAGCACUCGGAAGUUCGUGCCGCCCAAGUCGAGGGCGAGGAAGCGGCCCUUCUCUGCGAGGGGGGGGAGGAGGCUGGCCUGGCGCUCGACCGCCGGCCGCUACGACUGCUUCGACGCGCGUGCGCUGCGGGAAGCGCUGGAGAGCGGCGUUCAGGACUUGAAGUGCAUUUUCGACUCCCACGAGAAGAAGGCCGAGCGUCUGGAGAUGGUGUGUCGCGAGGAGGAGAAGCGGCUGUGGCUGAGUGUGGCGCACGCGCAGGACAGCACACGGCGCUCGGCGCAGGCCUUCGAGGCGCUGGACGCGCGGUUGGGCGCCGUGUCGGCGAAAGUGGUGUAUUUGGGCGACCAGUUGGAGGGCGUCAACACUCCGCGCGCGCGCGCCGUUGAGGCGCAGACUCUGAUCCGGCGGUUCGCGCGCUUUCUCACCGAAGACGCGGCCGAAGACAUGGACGACUUGGAGGCGACGGCGGACGUCGUGCAGAAGCUGCAACUCAUAGCGACGGAACUGCCGGUCGGCGUCCGCUUCGACGUCGCGCGGCGUCUCAUUGGCGACAAAUACGACGCCAUUGAGCGACAGCUGAUCGAAGCGUUCGUUGCCGCGCAACGCGAGGACGACAGGGCGCGCAUGCGUCAGGUCGCGGCCACUCUCGCGCACUUCAAGGGCUUCUCGCAAUGCGUGGACGCCUUCAUCGAGACGUCGGUGUCGUCGCUGUCGUCGUCGGCGCACGUCUUCCAAGAGAUCCCCGCUCUGUGCGCGCGCACCGAGACUCUGGUGCGUCACGUGUUCCCCGCGCCCGACCACGUGAUGUCGAAGUUCGUGCUCAACAUCUUCCACGGCAGACUCCAAGAGAGCGUUUCCCAACAGUUGGCGCAAUUCGGCGACGCGCGCGACGACCGCUAUCUCCACAAACUCCACACACUCUUCGCCAACACCUCAACUCUCGCGCAACAAUUGGCCGCCAGCCUCGCGAUGGACGCCGCGUUCCUCGCGCGCCUCUCGCGCCACGUGUUCGCGCGCCAUCUCGAGGACUACGUCGCUGUGGAGACGCAGUGUCUGCGCGAGAAGUGUCAGCAGCUGUUGCGGCGCUACUACGAGUCCAAGAACCACCAGAAGCGCCCGCACGCCUCUAUCGGCACGGUUCUGGGCUUCGAACUGAAGCGCGAUCUCCAACAACGCGCCAAACCCUCCGACGAGAGCUUCGUGUGCGAAGAGGUCGCCAUCACUGUUCUCCAGGAGACCAAACUCGCGCUCCAGAGGUGUCGCGCGCUCUCCGCCCGUCCGCAGGACAUCGCGGCCACGGCGUUGCGCCUCUUCGAGCUGCAGAUGCAUUUCCUGUUCGCCGAACACCUCGACUACGGCGUCGACCUCGCGCUCCAAUCCAUCCCCGCGCUCGACUCGAAGAGCGCGCCGGAAGUGCACUUUCUGGAAGUGACGCGUCAAUGCAACGCCAUCUGUCAUCUCGCGGACAAACAGUUCAUCGACUCAGUGCUGCCUCUCGUGGCGAACACAGCCAAACACGGCGAGUGUCUCAACAAGAAGCGCGAGAUCACUCAACAGCUCCAGCUUCGACUCAACACAGGACUCGAGCGCUCGCUCGCAGUCAUCGUCGGCUGGGUUCGCGCGCUCCUCUCUUCGGAGCAGAAGAAGACGGACUUCAAGCCCGAGACAGAAGUGGUGAUGGCGUCGCGAACCGCCGCUUCCGUCAAAGUCAUCAAAUUCGUCGACGCCUACGUGCAGAGGGCGCGCGAUUCCCUCGACGGCAACAACGUGUUGGCCUUCCUGCAGGAGCUCGGGCUGCGCUUCCAUCGCGCGCUCUUCGACCACUUCCAGCAGUUCCAGUUCUCGACGGCGGGCGCCAUGACCGCGAUUUGCGACCUCAACGAGUACCGCGACUGCAUCGCGCGCUUCCAGAUCCCGCUUCUGGCGCAACUGUUCGCCGCUCUGCACGCGCUCUUCAAUCUGCUGAUUGUCGCGCCCGAGAACCUGAAGCACGCCAUGGAAGAGGUGGCGCUCGAGCGGUCGUUGUUGUUGUCUUUCAUCCAAUUGCGCGUCGAUUACAAAACGGCGAAACUUCAGCUCAAAUAGCGAUGACGUCAUCGACGCUCACGUAAACCCCGUUUCCCGAAAAGCCGUACUUUUUUUCAAUAAAAUACACCAAAAGUUGCAAUAAA